UUUUUUUUUUUUUUUGCCAGUUGCUACAAUUUUGAGAUAAAUCCCAUAAUUCGGUGGUGUUAUUACUGUAGUGUAAAAUUCAGAUUCCCAUGAAAGUCAACUUGGAAAUAACUGGGUUGGCAGCUUCAAAUUAACGUUUUUUACUUAAACAUAAUCUGUUCAGUAUGAUGGAGAGUAUUCCACAGCAAAAUUAAUAACAAGGCGCUUAUCAAAGAGGACAGGUGUGGAAUGUAGCCGAGCUCAUAAUAUUACAAGAUGGAAAGAGACACGAAAGCACAACAUGGUGUGAGUGCUGCAGGAGAUGGAUGGGCAUCCCAGAGGGGAUGCCAUGGGAAAAAGAGAGCAGAAGGACAGUCCAAGAAUCCUUACCUGGCAGGGAAGUCGGUAUGAUGGGAAGCCCAGAAGAGACACCAGCAUCCAGAUAACGUUGAUCUUGUUGGCUGAGACAAAUGAGUUGACUUCAGAGGAAGAGAUGUCAGAAUGUAGAAAUGAGAUCCCUACGGAAAUGCUGGGAAAAAGGAUGAAAGUACAUAAGAGGUUCCUGAGGCACAUCACACUGUCAGAUCAGACUUGUCCAAAGUGGUCUCCAAGCAUGCUAGCCAGCUCCAAUAUUGAGAAUCGGUCACUUUCACCAUGGGGAUACAGGAUAAACAGACAACCGGGACGCUUUCCUGAAACUAUCAUGGAAGCCCACUGCCUGUGCCCCGGAUGUCUUGAUCUGAAAAGGCAGACGUUUACCAUGGACUAUGUGUCAGUCCCCAUCACGAGGAAGGAGAGUGUCUACUACAUCGAACAAUGCAAAAACGGCAAGUUCAGAUAUAACCGAGCCUGGAUUGAAGUGGCUGUGGGCUGCACGUGUGUGGCCCCUAGGACGGUCAGCAGUUCAUGAACUCGGCACAACGUCGUAUCUUUACUGUCGUUCACCACAAUGCCACACUGCGGUACCACAACACGCCUGUCUCACUGUGGCAACGCUGGGCGUCUUUAUGCUGUGAGAUGCAUUAGCUACUCAGAAUCUACUCACUCCUAUACCCAGGUUCAUUAUUUUCUUUUUAAUUUAGUUGAGUAAAACUGAAAAUUG